CCCCAACCCCAACCCCGCCGCCGCCGCCGCCGGCCUCCUCCUCCUCUAGCGCCUCCGCUCCAGCCCCUCACCUUCUUAGCCUGGAUCCGCACGACAAGGUGUGGGGCUAUGGGAGAGAAGGCUCCAUAUCGCGCGACAAGGUGAGGGGGCGCCCAGAUCCGCAGCGGCACCACCGCGCCCUCGUCCACCUGGCCCUCGAGGUCGGCCAUGGAGGUCCGGCCCGACCAAUGGAUGGAUGGGGAUGAAACCCUAGCCCAACACCCACCCAUGGAUGGAUGGGGAUGGGGCGACGACGGCGGUGGCGGCGGCGGCCUUCUCUCGGUGCUUGCUGAUGUGGUGGACAUCGACGUCGGUGACGGGUUGCAGCACGUAGACAUCAAAGGCUGCGGGUGUGACGGAGGAGCACCAUGGCGGGCGUGCAGACCAUGGCUCGCUAUGGAAGGCCCUUCCCUUCCCUCUCUCUGUUCGGGCCAUGCUCAGGCAGUCUUUUCUCUUCUCUUCCCGCAAAAAAAGUCUUUUCUCUUCAUGAUCUGAACAUGUUGGAGGCCAUUAUUUCUCCACUGCCGGAGUCUAGCCUCCCUCCGUGGGAUGCCAUGGAGAUGAAACUCCCCUCGACGAAAGAAUUCAAGGGCAUGUGGGAGAGAGAGGUGGUCCAUGGAGAAGAAGCUCUGCUCCAACCCUCCCUGCCUCCUAAUACAAGAUGUCUUUUUUUGUGUGUGCUUGUAUUGCAGCAGCCAUGUGCGUAUCAAAAAAAGGGUCCAGUUUGCAGCAGUCACAUGAUAUGGACAUGUUUUUUCAUCACAAUUGGAUUUUUGGAUUUACUAGGCUAAUUGGUGGUGGUUGCUGUUGUUGUUGUUUUAGCAGCAGCAGCAGCAGGCGGAGUGACGAUGUUGGCUAUGUGCAGGCCGUGGAGGCUUUGAUGAGCACGAGGGGAAGGCCGCUGCUUCAACCCCGUUAAGCUUACGUGUGGGAUUUGCUUCGGAAGUUGUCCACGUGAGUCAAUGGGUGCUGCUUCAUGUGGGCAUCCUUUCUGUGGUGUAUGUUGGAGAGGUUACACACCUGAUGAUGUUUACGGCUAGGCACAGGAACAAGCAGAGGCCGAGGAAGUGCGGGCACGCGCAGCUGGCCUUGGCAGGUGUAGGAACCGUGCGAGGAAGGUUCAGCGCGCUGCACAAGUCGGGCCACGCCCGGAGCGCCGUGCCAACGCAUGUGUGCGUGGUCGGUGGGUUAGCCAAGAUCUGCAUUCUGCGACUUCAUCUUCACCAUGGACACAAGCAAGGACUGAUUGGUGGUUCUUGGUAGCGGUGCCGAGCAUCGGCGGAUCGAAGUGGUCGAGGUCGCGGUUAAUCCACCAGGACGAGACAUGCAUCUUGGAGCUAGCGCAGAGGGGGGAAGAAGCAGGUUGGUAUGGCCCGGAACUUUUGCGCAAAGAAAACACACACAGGGCAGGAACAUGACUACUCUUCCCCUUCCAAGUUUUUGAUCGAUCGAACUCUUCGGUGACCAGAAAAUGAGAAAAAGGCAGGCCGUCGAUGUACAGACCACAGGUGCUCGGACGCACGGCCGGCAUCAUGGUCGUCAUAACUCAUAACCCAUGAGGUGGUGACCAAGCAAGAAAGGAAGGAACUUCCGCGCAAAGAAAACACACACAGGGCAGGAACAUGACUACUCUCGCCCUUCCAUGUUUCUGAUCGAUCGAACUCUUCGGUGACCAAAAUAUGAGAAAAGGGCAGGUCGUCGAUGUACAGACCACAGGCGCUCGGACGCACGGCCGGCAUCAUGGUCGUCAUAGCUCAUAACCCAUGAGGGGGUGACGAAGCAAGAAAGGAAGAUUCAUGAAGCUCCAAGCGAGCAAGAAGUUUCAGUCCACCUUUACUCAUGGCCUCCCCUUCUCGUCUGGUGGACGGCCUUGGCAAUCUGAACAAGCUUUACGCGACUGGCACUCUUGUUGAUCCCAUAUGAGUCAUUAAGCCGUUUUGUGCGCAAGGUUGAGAUAGUUGGGGCCUGUAACUAUUUUUUUGAUCCCAUGAAUGUCAUUUUGCACCGAAGGUUUGUAACCAUUGGGGAAUGUUUUCUUGCUAUGAUGUAUCAAGUUGCCAUGGGGGUGAUCUAGAGGUGAAAGCUAGCAAGCCAUCUCCUGAUAUUUUCCUUACUAGCAAGCUUAAUGCGGAACACUUAUAUUUCAGUACUUGUUUGUUUAAUUGUGUUAUUUAUCUGCAGGUCUCUUCCUUGUCCAAAGUAUGUCAUACCUAAUCAAGACAUGUUCAUUUAAUUUACCCGUCAUGUAAAUGACACAACAUGGUUCACUUGUGUAUAGUGUAAAAAUAUAUUUAUUUAUGGCACACAGGUGUUCAAUUAUAGUUGUGAAACGUGUAUAGUGUAAAAUAUAAUUAUUAAGGGAUGUGACGUCACAGUGGUCGUGCCUCGUCUUCUCCGAGUCUCUGCUUGUGAUAAUGGUCAUGACAUGCAGCAGCUAAGACAACAAGGUCAAGCCCAGGCUUAGGCCUGAUGAUGAACACAAUUAGAUGCGGUGCAUGGCAAUGCCCGCAGGUAAUGAAGCAGAAGAUUUAGGCGGACCGCUAUCUCAGUUGUUAGGACUUAUACAAGAUGUCUCUAUUGUGGAAAGUGGGCCACAUUUGGACUCCAAGCAUGCAUAUGUUAUUGUCAGGCAUGUGAAGUUUGCAACCAAGAAAGGCGGAAAGAAAGCUAGCAAGGCCAUGGAAGACGCGGGCAAAGGUACCCCCAGCAACACUGCCUGUGAAUCACCAGCCACUGCUACUAAUAGUGGGGACAAGACAAGUGAACAUGGUUUGGAAGUUGAGGAUGUUGACAAAACGCCAGCCUAUUACUCUCGUGAUUCUUUGGCGCAAAAAGAAAGGCAAGAUAGAGGCGUUGGAGGCAGCAACCGCGAUAACAUGGACAACGUGAGUGCUGGAGGAAACAGGAUUAACCCUAGUCAGGGGGGAUCACAAUCAUCCGAACAUGGACUUGGUUCUAGGAGUGGAAAUUCUCACAUGGAAAAGCGAGAGAAGACUAAUCAGGAUAUGGUACCUGAGCAAACCAACAGGUAUGCUAGCCGUAGACAGCAGAUGGGAGGCGUUAACCAAGGCAGACCCCCGCAGGACCCGAGAAGAAAUGAAAAUGAAGGUCGCCACCGGUUCAACGGCAAUCAAAGGCCUUUGGAACAGCCUAGCCCGCCAUCGGCAAGGUUCAGCCAAGGCAGACCCCCACAGGACCCGAGAAGAAACGAAAAUGAAGCCCGCCACCGGUUCAACGACAACCAGAGGCCUUUGGAACAGUCUAGCCCGCCAUCGCCAAGGUUGGGCCAAGGCCGACCCCCACAGGACCCGAGAAGAAACGAGAGAAGGAGCCAUGUCCCAUCAUCAAAUAAUAACCAGCCGCCACGAUUCCAACAAUCGAAUCAGAACAGUGGACCAUUAGCAGGCCGCGAUGCAGGGAGUCCGACUCCAACAGCCAGGAGUUUGGGCGUCUUCAGCAGCCGAACGCAAGCCACAACAUCCGAGCCGAAGAAGGCAGAUGGUGCGUCCGCUGCUGGUAAGCCUUCCGAUACCAGUCCGACCAAAAGCUUUGGAAUAUUUAGUACUCCCAGAAAGUGAACCAGCGAUUAAAAAAAAAAGGUCGUUUCCGUGGCAUCUAUUGAGAAUGUUUGUGAUUGCUGAUUCAACCCCGCCUUUUCUGCGUUUGUAUGUAUGAAGUUGGCGGUGCAGGAUGUAUGGGUGAUAGAUAACCACAAAAGAUGUGACUUGAGGUCAGGAGUAGUCUAGCUGCUUAUGAGCAGCAAGUAGGCUGUUUUCUGCCACCAUUUUUGUUGUUACUACCUGCUUAUGGGCAGCAAGUAUUUGUUUCAAAUAAUCCUUAAUUAUCCCCAUCA